AUGUCUUUCCACCGAUCGAGUUCGUCCGACCGAGACGUGGAGUCUGGAUAUGCCAGUGGUUCAUCUGUAGCCGACCUGCCAGACAUCUACUUCACCCGACCACACCUGAAAUUCAUCAACAAGCAAUUGGCACAGCUCGAGCCUCAGGAUGUUCUACGAUGGUGCCUGACCUCGCUACCACAACUAUGGCAGACAUCAGCCUUUGGCCUGACUGGCCUUGCAAUCAUGGACAUGAUCUCUAAACUUGAUUACGCGAUCACGCCCAACAUUGAACUCAUCUUCCUCGACACUCUAUACCAUUUCCAGCAGACCUUGGACCUGGUCGAGCGAGUCAAGCAACGAUAUCCAGACCUGAAGAUCCACUCGUACAAGCCGGACCAUUGCGAGACCACGAAGGAUUUCGAGGAACUGUAUGGUGAGAAAUUAUGGGAGACAGACGAGGAGAGGUACGAUUAUGCUGCCAAGGUCGAGCCGGCACAGCGAGCAUACAGACAAUUGGAUGUCAAGGCCGUCCUGACAGGGCGGAGAAAGACGCAGGGCGGCAAGCGAGGCGAUCUGGAUAUCGUUGAGAUCGACGACCAAGGUCUUGUCAAAGUUAACCCUUUGGCCAAUUGGUCGUUCAAGCAAGUCCAGGCUUAUAUCAAGGAGAAUGAUGUCCCCACCAACGACCUCUUAGAUCAAGGGUAUCGAUCUGUUGGUGACUGGCACUCUACCCAGCCCGUGACUGAUAGCGAGGACGAGCGAGCCGGCCGAUGGAAGGGUCGCCAGAAGACUGAGUGUGGUAUUCAUAACAAAAAGUCCCGGUACGCCCAAUUCCUGCAAGAACAGGAGGAGCUGAGGCAGAAGGAACUCAGUGAGGCGAUACAGAACGGGCUCAAGAUCGAGGCUGCAUCAUAA